GAGGUCGCGGAGGCUGCCGGGCUGGAGACCGACCAGGGGGCCGGGCUAAGGCGGCCCUGGAUGCGGCCAGAAGUGGCCCCCCGGAAGAUGGACUGGGCCGCCGCGAAGGAGGUCCUUGCAGCGGAGUUCGACACACCGGCCGACCGCCAGGAGGCUAUGAGGCGGUUCAAGACGGCCAGGAUGGCACCCGGAUCUGACCCAACCGUGUUCUUCGCCGGCCUGCAGCAGUUGUUGGAUCGCGCUUUGACGACGCUGGACGGAGUGUCGCGACACCAGUUGUUGUCGGAUCAGUCCGUCGAAGGUGUGCAGCCGGCGAUUGGUGUCCAGUUGCGGUUGGCACGAGCAACUGGCCAGUUGAGUGUGGAGGAGCUGGUGCGUCUGGCCCGGGAGCUGCCCGAGGCACCACUGGCCACGAUGCAGUCGCCGGAGAACAGGGAUGGUUCGUCAGUGGAGGAACUGCAGACCAGGGUGGACCAACUCACCGAACAGCUGGCAGUCGUGAAGACGGAGUCGUGGAGGCACGCUCGAACCAGCCGGCGCUAUAUGUGUGAAGAGUUUGGUAAACAAAUCGGUUUGAAUUUCAGCUAUAUCUCACCCUUCAUGGAUGCCUCCGCUUCUUUCAUCCAACGGCCCCAAACACUUGAGCAAGCACAGCAGCACUCAGUUUCGAAUGGUUUCCACCCCAACUGUCAGCAGUCGUCCUCGAAACCGAUCACCCUACCUUGCUCACCGUCGCCAGGCCAACAACCGCGCCAAAAUGUAGAUCCAGUCCAUCAACCAAUGGUCUUCCAGGAUAUAUCAGCGUCAACAUCGCAACAGCAGAAAGCAGAACAACGGUUGCAACCAUCGACCAUUGAUGACUCGCUUUCUUCUGUUCCUCACAAUUCCGGUGGAUCGUCCCACUUAUCUACUGACACCACAGCUCCCUCAUCCACUGUUCACCCAGGUCAAACUGUCAGCUCUGAACCUGUCUCGAAUAAUGUCCCUCACUCGGAUUCAAAUUCUCCGGUAAACGGUGUCAGACCUUCAUCAGGUAUCCCACGACUUCGACCGUCUGCCAUCCCUAGACUUGUUAAUCCGCGAGUUGACGACUCUGUACACAUUUUGGAGCGAGCUAGUUCGAUCGGUAAUGCAAGUCCACAUCGAACUGCAUCUUCCUGUGCAAGCCCCUGUGAUAAGCCACAUGACGGCCCAAUAAGUUUACCACAAACACCAUCUGGCGCAUUUACCCGCCCAUUUUUACACAUAACUCAGUCUCCUGUUGAGCCUUCAAGUCCUCCAAACAAUGAUCAACACGUGGGAUCUUACUACGCUGAUCGGUCUCGCACCUCCUCACGCCCUGCUAACGCUUGUCGAGUUGAACGGACGGCCUCCGAACAUCCCCAACGUCCUGCUGACAAUGAGUCGGACACUUCGAGCGUAAGUUUAUUCCUCGUCUCAGCUCCAACCACCAGCUAUACUUGGUAA